GUAUGUACGUAUACUUGCCUCUUCUAUUUUUGUUUAUCUUUGUGUUUGAUCUUCAGCAAUGGAUGGAAAUAACGAGAGGGGAGUGCAGAGGUCAAGGGUAGGUGAUUGUGAUGAUGGGUACAAAGACUUGUUGCCGGUGAUGGCCGAGAAGUUGGACAUGGACGUGUUCGUGGGGGAGCUGUGCCGUGGGUUUCGACUUCUGGCCGACGUCGAGAAAGGGUUGAUAACGUCGGAGAGUCUGAGGAGGAACUCGGCGCUAUUGGGGAUGGAGGGGAUGAGCUCUGAAGAGGCAGCAUCGAUGUUGAGGGAAGGAGAUCUCGAUGGGGAUGGAGCGCUUAAUCAAAUGGAAUUCUGCAUCUUGAUGGUCAGACUUAGCCCCGGAAUGAUGGACGAUGCGGAAGCUUGGCUCCACAAGGCCAUCAACCAACGCCUGAUUAUAUAAAGAAUAAUACUUAGGUGCUAAUCGAUCAAUACUCAUGUAUCAUUGACUACAAUUUAAAAGAAAUUUCAAAUUUUGAGUGAUUGAUCAGGCAGCCGAUAUAAGUGUUGAUUUUAACACCUAAGUAUAUUGUUCUUGAGUAAUCCUUCUUAUUAAUUAUAAUUAUGAGUAAUACUUAGAUAUUGAUGGUUGAGUAUAA